AUAUGGAUCAAAAGAUAAUGCCAUCACAAUUAAGAGGUAAUUAAAAAUAGAGAGAUCAACCAAACUAUCUUUGUCUUUGUGUGUCACCAAUUGGUGAUUGAAUCCAAACAAUAAUGCGUUGGUUUGUAAACGUCUCGAAAUGGAUACCAACUCAAGAGGAAUGGUUACGAGCCGUCCGAUCCGUUCAGAGCGAAGAACUGUCGCGAAUCAAUCAGUUUGUCUUCAGAUCGGAUGCCAUGCUAUCGCUGGUCGGACGGCUACUCAUGAGAUGUUGUGUCCAUAAAUGUCUGAAACCGUCGAUUGAAUUUCAAGACAUACGAUUCGGUCGAACAACAAGUGGUAAACCAUUUGUGGUCAGUCCAGUGCUCGACGGCAACGAUGACAAUAACCGCCCGCACUUCGAUCUGAAUGUCAGCCAUUCGGGCAAUUACUGUGUGUUGGCCUCAGUUGACGGUUCGCAGAGAGUCGGUGUCGAUGUUAUGAAGAUUGAGUAUUCAGGCCAACGAUCGGGUCGACCGAUUGACGACUUUUUUCGUAUAAUGAAUCGUCAGUUUAGCGGCAGUGAGUGGCAGUUCAUCAAUAGCUGUCUAUCGGACGAUCGGCAGAGAUUGUCGCGAUUUAUACGGCUCUGGACACUGAAAGAAGCGUUUGUUAAGGCCGACGGCCAGGGAAUAGCUUUCAAUUUGAAACGUAUAUCAUUUGAUUGCCGUACACCUGAACUGUCCAGUGAUUCGGUAACAGUUGAUACAGUGGUCAGAGUCGAUGAUCAACUGUUAGACAAUUGGAUCUUCGAGGAAAGUCUACUGGAUUCAGAUCAUUGUGUUUGUGUGGCUUACGAUAACUUCAAGACAACUUCAAAUACUUUAAAAACCAAUUAUCAGUUAUUUGAAGAAAAAUCUAUAACUAAUCUAUUAGAAGAAGCGGUUCCGCUAAACAAUGACGACAAUGACAACAACGAUAUUAGUCUUUGGUUGGAUUUUGAGAAAAAAUUGAUUAAAAAACAGUUAUAAUAAUAAUAAUAAUAAUAAAACACUUUAGAA